AUGGCUUCUCGUUCCAUCGACCGCAUGGAAGUCGAUACAAUAACCAGCCAGCGCGAAUCCCCAGACCAGGGCCCAGAAUCCGCCUCCAUACACGAUGGUGGUUACGGCUGGGUCAUCGUCUUCGCCUGCUUCGUCCAGACGUUCUGGGUGAAUGCGUGGACAGGCUCCUGGGGGAUCCUCCAGGCCGCCCUCCUCGCACAGAGCACUAUGCGCGACGUUCCAACCAGCACGCUGUCCUUUGUAGGGUCGGUGGGCUUGUCACUGACUGUGGCCCUGGGGCUCGCCUGCGUCUGGCUGGCCGGCGUCAUCGGGGCGCGGUGGAGCACUCUGCUGGGCAUCUCAUUGUUUAGCGCCAGCACGCUAGUCGGCAGCUUCACUGUUCGCAACGUCGGCGGCCUGUUCGUGUCGGGCACGCUGUACGGCCUUGGCGGAAGCCUCAUGUACACCAUGUCCAACAGUCUGCCGGUCCAGUGGUUCCACAUCCGGCUCGGAACCGCGAACGGUCUCGUCAAGCUCGGAGGCGGCAUUGGCGCCACCGUCAUGGCCCUCAUCGUGCAGCUGCUCAUUGACAAGGUCGGCGUCGCCUGGACGUUCCGUACCAUGGCAUUGGCUUCCCUGGCUACGGGCGUUCCUGCCGCGCUGCUGAUCAAGGAGAGGGAGCCGUCCUCUCCCUCUAUAAACGCAUCGCUCUUUCGGAACUUGACCUUCUUCCUUCUAUUCAUCGCUGGCUUCAUCGGCAUCUUUGCCCUCUAUAUCCCCUCCUUCUUCCUGCCUACUGUCGCGACCUCGAUCGGCUUGUCCCCCACCACUGCUGCCGCCGUCAUGGCCUGCUACAACGCCUGCAUGGCCGUGGGCCGUCUCAGCUCUGGUAUUGCUUGUGACCAGCUAGGACCGACCAACAUGCUACUUGCAACCAUGGCUCUCAACGCCAUCACCAUGUUAGCCAUCUGGUCUGUCGCUUCCACCUUCGCGGUGCUAACGGUCUUCGCCGCCCUGAACGGAAUCGCUAACGGAGCCUUCUUCGUCACGAUGCCCACCGCCAUCGGGAGGCUCCUUGGCCCCCACGCCGCGCCCGCCGGCAUUGGCAUGGCUGUCACAGGCUGGACUGUCGGCGACCUGCUGGGAAAUCCGAUCGCAGGUUUCUUGAUCACAGCCACGCACGCGGACCGGGGAAGCUCCAUUGUUCUGUAUCGGCCAGCAAUCUUCUACGCGGGUGGGACAGCGGCCGUCUCGACCGCUCUCGUACUAUUAGCUCGCCUGAAAAUGGACGCCAACCUCAUCAAGAAAUUCUGA